AUGCGCGCCAUUGUGCAGCGCGUAAGCUCGGCUUCUGUGACUGUUGACAACGAGGUGAUCUCGAGUAUAUCCCGAGGUCUCAUGGUGCUUAUUGGUAUCGGGAAAGACGACACCGCGGUAGAUGUCGAAGCCAUCACAAAGAAAAUUCUAUCCCUGAGAAUUUUUUCUGAUGACACAGGCGCCAUGUGGAAGAAGAGUGUCAAAGAUAUUGAUGGAGAAGUCCUCUGUGUCUCCCAAUUCACCCUUCUUGCAAGUACCGACAAAGGAAAUAAACCAGAUUUCCAUCGCGCAAUGGGCACUGAACAAGGGCGUGAGAUGUAUACGUCGCUGCUCGAGAGGAUGUGCAGUCUUUACAAGCCAGAGAAAAUCAAAGAUGGUAGAUUUGGCGCAAUGAUGAACGUAGGCCUUACAAACGAGGGGCCUGUCACAUUUACGCUGGAUUCGCGCAAAUGGGAGUACGCUGAGAGGCCUAGCAACGAGGCAGAAAGACAGAAAUCGAAGAAAGCUGCACCGUCCACCCCCAGGGACCCUGAGACAUCGGCCAACAACUGA